GCUCCCAUUGGAAACGACAGGCUCUUGUCUAUCUUGGCUUAGUUAUACAAAUAUUUCAUCAAACCGUCUCAGUUGUCGGUGAGGCCGGCUGGGCGGAUCCCACGGUAUUGAAAGAGAAAAUAAAGCAACAAUAAAAACACCUUGGAUAUUCAAUUUCUCUGGUGAACAAGCUUUCUUGUGGAUACAUAGAGCGUAAAGAUGCCCGCAGCGAUGAACGGCAACAGGACAGUGCAGUCGGCCAGCCCGGACAUGGGAUCCACUCCUGGACAGAUCACCCUGGGUGGAGGGCAGUCCUCUGGGGCCCAGACCGAGGCCAUGAAGCAGGUCCUUGGCGUCAUCGAUAAGAAGGUCCGCAACAUGGAGAAGAAAAAGGGCAAGCUGGACGAUUAUCAAGCCAAGAAGAAUAAAGGGGAGCGUCUCAACCAGGACCAGCUGGAUGCCCUGACCAAGUAUCAGGAAGUGAAUAAUAAUCUGGAGUUUGCCAGAGAGCUACAGAAGAGCUUCCUCGCACUGGGGCAAGAUAUCCAGAAGGCAGUGAAGAAGGCAGUGCGGAGAGAGCAGCUCCAGAGAGAGGAGGCUGAGCAGAAGAGACUGAAGACUGUGCUGGAGAUCCAGUUCCUCCUGGACAGGCUGGGAGAGGACAGUGUGAGGCAGGAGCUGAGACAAGGGGCCACCGGGGGAGGCACACCCUCACUCCUCACAGACUCAGAGCUCACCACCCUGGACGAGCUUUACAAGCUAGUGGGGCCAGAACGAGACCAAAACACCAGGUUGUCUGACCAGUACGAAGAGGCUUCUCAACACCUCACUGAUCUGUUGGAGGGGAAGGACAAAGCUGUAGCAGGAACAACAUACAAAGCUCUGAAGGACAGCCUGGACCGGGUGCUGCUAAGCGGGUACUUUGACAAAGCCCAGUCCCACCAGAAUGGAGUGUGUGAGGAGGAGGAGGAGGAGGAGGAUGAUGAGGAGCAGUUUGAGGCCGUAGUGGAGUCGGCAGAGGAGCAGACCGUCGACCCAGAGGGUGAAAUAGUUGAAGAGUACAUAGAGCCAAUUAAGGUGGAGGCUACAGAGUUCGUAAACAGGCAGUUCAUUCCAGACACCACGUACAGCAGCAGUGACGAGCAAGGAGACAAGUGGACCACAGAAACAGAGCCUCUGGCCUUGCCUCUUGCUCCUCCCCCUCAGGUGGUGAGUGUCAUCCAGCAACAGCCUGUACAGUCAGCCCCUCCCCCCAUCGCCUUGGAGACCCACCCCCUGAACGUGGCCACACCCACAGUCACACCCCCGGUGGUCAGGAAGCAGGUGGUCCAGGACCUCUUGUCACAGAUGCAGGGGCCUUACAACUUCAUGCAGGACUCUAUGCUGGAGUUUGAUGGCCAGCUCAUUGACCCAGCCAUCGUGUCAGCCCAGCCCAUGAAGCCUGCAGCUCAGAACAUGGACCUUCCUCAGUUGGGCUGUCCCCCAGUCCACCCAAAAUCACGCCUCUCACCACACAACACCGUCCCGGUACAGCCUGAGCCCAUGCAAGUUCCCAUGGUGUCCCCCACGCCUGAGUCAUACUCCACGCCGUGCCCCAUGUUCCAGUCAUCACACACGCCAGAACCACGCCCACAUGCAGACUCCAUCGACACCAUCCAGGCGUCCAUGUCCCUGUCGUCAGAGCAGCAGCAGCAGCAGCCCCUUCCGUCCUCGGCCCUCCCCCCUGCCUCCUCUCAGACCCAGCAGCAGGUCUUCCAGCCUGUCAACAUCUCCAAACCCCCACACAGCUCCGGCAUCAAUGUCAAUGCAGCACCAUUCCAGUCCAUGCAAACAGUGUUCAACCUCAAUGCCCCUGUCCCGCCGGCCAAUGAGGCGGAAGCCUUGACCCAGGCCAGCCAAUACCAGAACAGCUACAACCAGCAGGGUUUCAGCAGCCAAUCACAGCAGCUCGGUGUGGAGCAGACCGAGAUGCAGACGGAACAGCUGCAGUCUGUGGUUGGUGCCUUCCACUCCCAGGACCCAUCCCUGCCCAGCCAGGCCCUGUCCCAGGGGCAGCAGCCCAGCCAGCAGGGUCCAGGGUUCGUCCCUGGGGCUGGUCGCCAGGCCCAGUCCUUCUACAACAGCAGAGGCAUGACCCGCGGAGGCCCCCGUAAUGCCCGCGGCAUGGUCAACGGAUACAGAGGCCCCUCCAACGGAUUCAGAGGUGGAUAUGACGGUUACCGGCCUCCCUUCGCCAACACUCCAAACUCUGGAUAUCAACAGGCUCAGUUCAACAACCCUCGGGACUACUCCAAUGGUGGCAACUACCAGCGGGGGGAUGGUUAUAAUCAGAACUACAAGCGUGGCGCAGGCCAGGGAUCCAGAGGGGUGUCUCGAGGAGGCAAUGCCCAGGCCAUGAGGUCCUGAUCGGGCCUGUGUUUGACUGUCUGACUGUCCCAAUUCACCCUUUCUCCUUGGCCCUAACAUUUCAAUGUUUGCAGAUCUAAAACGUCUGGUACGUAUAACAGUGUAGUGGUGGACCUAUUUACUUGGUUACCUUUUUCCUGGGUGGGGCAAAUUGAAGGGUCAGGGC